UGCCAGUCAGUGCCACCUAUCAAUGCCAAUCAGUGCCACGUAUCAGUGCUGUCAAUCAGUUCCACCUAUCAGUGCCAGUCAGUGGCGCCUAUCAGUGCCAGUUAGUGCCGCCUAUCAGUGCGCAUCAGUGUCGCCUAUCAGUGCCUGUCAGUGCCGCCUAUCAGUGCCAGUCCUCAGUGCCGCCUAUCAGUGCUGCCUAUCAGUGCCAUGGAUCAGUGCUGCCUUUCAGUGCCCAUCAGUGAUGCCUGUCAAUGCCCAUCAG